GGGAGAGAGAGAGAGAGAGAGAGAGAGAGAGAGAGAGAGAGAGAGAGAGAGAGAGAGAGAGAGGUGAGAAAGGGAGUGGCUAUCAGCAGAUAGUUGUCUUCAGUGAGAUUAACUGAUAAAUAGCAGUCAUACGGCCUGCGGCACAAGAUGCAUACGACAACGACCACCUCCACCUCCUCCCUCUCCUCUGGGUCCAGGCUGCGGAUAAUCGGUGGUGCCCAUGGAGGACAGACACCAUCAUAUGCGCCAUUCUCAGCAAAAGGGGGUCAUAAAUGGGGUCAAGGUUCAAUGAUGCGUCCUUCGGGAACGGUGGGGGGGGCGCCUACUCAACCACCUUUCAUGCCCGUUUAUCAAGAUGAUGCAAACCCCACCUGGUUUCCUUCUUCUUCUUCGACAAUCCGGAGUGCUGGUCAUCCGCCUCAUCAUGAGUCGAUGAUGGGAACCCCUUAUGGAGUAGGGGUGGGAGGAGGGAUGUAUGGAGGAGGGGGAGGAGGAGGAGGAGCAGGAGGAGGUGUAGGUGGAUCUUAUGGCUACUUCGAAGACGAACCUCCGCUGUUGGAUGAGCUAGGCAUCAACGUUCCACAGAUCGGCAAGAAGCUGAAAGUGGUGAUGCUUCCGUUCGGACCGCUCGAUCUCAAUCUCAUGGCGGACGGCGAUUUGUCGGGACCCGUCUUUAUUGGUUUCCUAUUGGGCCUUUGUGAGCUCUUAGCUGGGAAGCUGCAUUUUGGAGUGAUUUUGGGCUGGGCAACUGUGGUGUCGAUAGCAAUGUAUACGGUGUUCAAUCUGUUGGUUAAUAAGGAGGGAGGUACUCUUGAUCUUUACGUCUGUGCAAGUGUUAUAGGGUACUGUUUGUGUCCUGUGGUGGUCCUCUCCUCCUUGUGUUUAUUGAUUCCUAAGGGAGGUGUAGUGGCUUUCCUGUUGGGAGUUAUGACUGUUCUGUGGAGUAGCCAUCUGUGCUCGAACCUUCUCGUAGGACUUGUACCGCAGGCGUCGCCGUAUAGUUACUUGGUAGCCUACCCGUGUCUUCUAAUCUACUCUGCCUUCACCAUGCUUGUCCUCUUCUAAUCCAACCAACCAAUCAAUCAAUCAAUCAACUAAUCAAUCAACCAAUCAAUCAAUCUACUAAUCAAUCAAUCAACCAAUC